CUUCAGAUGAAUGCGCAAAAGCAGAAAGGCCAAGCUUUAAAUGCAGCAUCUGCCCAGAAGGCUAUUGACAUCUUGAAGGCCCAUCCAGACUUGAUACAUGCAUUCCAAGCAGCAGCAGCAGCUGGGGGGUCUGGAAGUUCAAACGCAAAUGUAAGCAAGUCUAUCAAUGCGGCUAUCGUGGGUGAGAGUGUUCCUAGAGGUAGAGGGUUUGAUGAAAGAGCUGCUCGUGCAGCAGCAGAAGUUAGGAAGAAAGCAGCAGCUAGGGGCCUUCUAGUUCGGCCCCAUGGAGUUCCGGAAACUGAUGGAGCAAAGAAAGAAAACAAUGGCGAAGCUUCAGAUGGCCCAACAGCUGAUGCCAAACAGAAGCAACCAAUAUCCGGACAAGCAGAUCAGGCUCCAGUCGGGUUAGGUGCUGGUUUAACAUCAUUAGAUGCCAAGAAACAGAAAGCGAAAGCCAAAGUUGGGGCUUGAGAUUAUUGAAAAAAGGAUCAAGAGGUCUCUUUGAAGUUUUGCAAGAGUAGGAAUAUUUGUAUGUGAAUUCUGAAAGUAGCCUAGUACUUAAUCAGCCAUGAUGGCAGCCAUCUGCAUUAUUCUUGAAAGAGGAGUUUCAGAUGUGCAAUCUGUACUCCAUUUUUUUUCCUACCUUAAUAAUCAAUCUGCUUGCAAACAGUUUGCAGGCGGUAGACUUAAGAAAUGCUUUACAUAGAUUGAUUAUCUUGGUUGGAUAGAUUGUAUUGUUUGUCAAAUAAAUUUUCAUAUUUUUGUUUACAGAAAUGUCUCAAGAUUUUGACUAUA